ACCUCUUUACAUCCCAGUGCUGCUUCACUCACUGCUGGAGAAGCUUAAAACAUAAAGGAGAAGCCAUGAGGAACUCACUGAUGAGGAUGCUGGGCACCUUGAUAUGUGUGCUGGGUGCCUGUGCCGAUGUCAUACCUGUUAAAGACUUCAACCUGGAGAAGAUCGCAGGCAAGUGGUACAUUGUUGGCUUUGCUACCAAUGCCCAGUGGUUUGUGAAUCACAAGGCAGAAAUGAAGGUGGGCACUGCUGUAUUAGUGCCAACUACUGGAGGAGACCUGGAUCUCUCUUAUGCCAACCUCAAUGCUGAUGGUACCUGCUGGAGAAUGACUCACCUUGCUAAGAAAACUGACACCCCUGGACGCUUCACCUUCCACAGCCAGAUUUGGAACAAUGACAAUGACAUGCACAUUGUUGACGUCCUGUAUGAUGUCUAUGCUCUGGUCCACACCAUCAAGACAAAAGACGGAGUGUCUGAGGUCCUAAAUAAGCUUUACAGUCGUACUCAAGAGGCCAGUGUUAACAUGCACCAGAAGUUCACACAGUUCUCCCUGGACAAUGGCAUCCUCCCUGACAACAUUGUUAUCCUGCCUAAAAAUGGUGAGUGUCCUGAAGUUUGAGGAGGCCACUGCCAUUCUCCUUCCUUCAAGUCCCAGGCUUUCAUCUCACAAGGGUUUUAUAUUCCUGAAUGACUCUGAUGUCUGCAGCAUUAUAAAGCUACAUCUGAGAAAGUGAAACUCGAGCAUUUUACUCCCUUCCCUGCUUUGUACCAAAGACCAAUCCUGAUCCUAAUUCAGACCUCACUUCACCAAUUCACACAUUAACUGUGGCAUCAGAGAGGAACAAUAAAGGGCUGAUAGUGAGACAAAGGGAAUAAAUAUGCAUGACUGUGAAAUCUUACAGUUUACUUUUUGUACAUGCGUGUCUUUCAUAACUGCUGAUUUCUUUUGCAGUGUUUUAUCUUUUGUUGAAAUGAACUUUGUUCAAAGCCAAUAAAAAAUUAUAAAACAAUA